AUGUCUCAAGUUUUACCCACAGAAAAAAAGCAAUUAAGGGCAUGUUUAUUGUGCUCUUUGGUAAAGACGGCGAGUCAAUUCCGUGCCAAUGGUUGUGAAAACUGCGACGAUCUUUUACGUAUGCGAGAUUACCCAGAUCGUGUUGCUGAAUGCACUUCAAGUAAAUUUGAAGGAGUAAUUGCCCUGAUGCAGCCUCCAGAAAGUUGGGUAGCACGGUGGCAGCGUAUUGAUAAAUUCACACGAGGAGUAUAUGCGAUACGAGUAUAUGGACGGAUACCCGAAGACGUCGAAGUCGAAUUGGAACGACGAAACGUUGUUUAUCGACCGAGGGAUGGAAGUGCAAAGGAUUAA